CCUUCCCUCUCCAAUCUAUCUAUAUUCACGUAUUCUCAUUCACUCGUAAAACCUCUGAUCAUACCCCGAAUCACGAGUGACAUGGCCGUCGGCGUAGGAAUCCCGAUUUGCGUACAAUGCGGGACGGCGAGCAACCCGUGCCGGUGCAAGGUGGUGGGGCCGACUCUGGGAUUCCUGGCCUGCGCGGCCACGGCCAUCGUUGAGUGGCCAGUCGGGGCGCUUGUCUACUGCUUCCGCCACGGCAAAGGCCGCCGCAUCAUGGCGCAUCCGGCGACCGUGGUUUAUCCAUCCGUCACCAAUGCAAUUCCCAUUUGAGUAGAUGGUCCCCCGGGGGCUCCAAUCGGCUGACUGGAUAUGAGUGUAUUCAGCUUUUGUUGUGGUGUGCCUCGUGUUACGCUACGAGGGUUUGACUUUUGAGGCUAUUUCUGGAUGUGGAAGACAAAAGCCACGGUUAAUAGCUGUUUGUGUAUUUCCUUGUGGCUGAUACAUCGGUCAACAGUUGCGUUUUCUGCUGAUGGUAAAGUUCGUUAAAUAAGUCGUUAAUGAGAUAACCACUU